CUCAUGGUUCGGAGAAGGGACCGGGUGAGCUAGCUAACUGGCUAGUGGACGCCGCGGAGACUAAAUCACCACCUAAAGGGAGCCUCUGUAUUAAUGCUUCAUCGCCGCGCUGAAGCCACUACUUCAAUUUCCGACAGGAAAAGACUCCCACGGCCGGCACUACUGGUGCCUCCUUGACAUUUCCCCAAGGCCAUGCUAGCAUUCUCUCUUUGAAAGGGGAAUGCUUUACCAUGCCAGAUAAAGAUGGAGGCGUAGCGUCCUCAACCGCUCCCCCAGGGCCCAGCACCGAUACCACGAACGACACGCCAACCAUGACCUCCGCGAAAACUGUCGACCGUGGGCCUCCUCCAGAGAAACCGGAGGCGAUCCGGACACGGUCGCGAGUCAUCUUUGCUUUCUGGGCCGUCAUCAUUUUCCUAGGUAUACCGAUAUGGUGGAAGACAACCUCUAUUUACCGGGCGAGCAUACCCGUGGAUGAGAUGAUUGCAUGGGCAGAUGGAAAGGUCUGUCGCCCAGUCUUUCCUCUGGAAAUAGUAGUCCAGACCCCUGCGAUGCAAGCUUCAGACGCUCAGCACCUCGUCCGGACGACGCAACACGCCCUUGACGACUUGAACGAGUUCUCUGCACAUCAUCUUCGCCUGAAGCUGGCGGAUUCUCUACCGCUGAAUGAUAAUCCCGCGAAUUUUAGCCCUUCAGAGGGGGACGAUACUGGACAGAAGGCGGAUGUUGCAUUGGUCGUGAGGUUGUUGCCUCGAGAUAAUCUGGCCGCUCCAACUUCGGAGCUCCAUUCAUACUCAACCGAACUUGAUAUCUUUUAUCCGCCGAACCAAGUCCCUUCACCUUCGUCGCCAAAUCCUCCUCUAUCUACGUUCAUUGCACAUGAACUGCAGAAUCUCUUCAGCGAGGAGCAAGCAACAAUCACGCACAUCCUCUCACAGGGCAAUAACGCCGGUUCCAGUCUCCAACAGACCACAAAUGCGCAACAGCCGGCCAGAAACACCCCGUCCCCGCAGCUGAUGGAAAGCAUUAGCAGGCGACUGACGAGAUCGCUGAAAUAUGCCGAGACCUAUCAUUUGACAAUCUCGCUGUUUACUCCGGGUUACGACCCCUCGUCCUGGGAUAUCGAGGCGGCCAUUCAAGAAUACUUGACGCCGCUUCUGGAUGCGCUAUCGCCUAUCAGCAACUUCUCCGUGGACACUCAGGUGCAGUUGUACGCAGCUUUCUCACCAACCGCUCCGCUCCCCGAGUACGAUGAGUCGCAAGGAGCAUGGACCCUAAAGAAAGAAGACCUGAGCGCUUUUAUCAACGCUGCGGAAUGGCCUCUUAGCCCCAGCAUUGGCGCUGGUCCUACCAUCGAAUUCGUUCUAUAUGUACCGGCUCCUUCGCAAUCCCCCUUGGUGGUGAAAGAGAGCGGCGCUACAAGUUGGUUGAUUCCACAAUGGGGAGGCGUCGCCAUUCUCAACCCUCCUCUGACGCCGGAAAACCCCUAUAACCCGCACCACCUCUCCAAGGAAUCCCUUGAAUCGUCCUUCCUCACCUUUUCGCAUCAACUGCUUACUCUGCUCGGGACACCAUCUACCCCGCCUUCUUUACCGUUCCGGCUUCAGACUCUGAUCCGUAUUCGCGCUGCCAACCUUCUGCUAUCGGCGUCGUCCACGAUGGGCUCUCUCGCCCGCCUCACCCAGUCUCUCCCAUCGAUCCCCAUCCCUGCCACGGUAGCAACGUCGAUCUCAACGACACUGUCCCAUCUGGCAGCGACAUGCACUCACCUGAAGGAGGGCCGCUUCUCUGCGGCGUUGGCGACAGCCCGCGUGGCCGAGAAGGAAGCGGAGAGGAGCUUCUUUGAAAAGAGUAUGGUUGGUCAGGUGUAUUUCCCGGAUGAGCACAAGGUCGCUGUGUACCUUCCUCUGCUGGGUCCUAUCGGUGUUCCAUUGGUGAUUAGCCUGAUGAAGGAGCUGAAGAGGAUCGUGGCGGAUUGGAAAGCGAAGCGGAAUCUUCGGUCAUGAGUUUAAGCAACUAACUGUAUUAUAAGAAUAGAUUAUUUUCUGCGAUUUGCUUCUUAGC